AGUUCCAAUUCAACAUCAUCGUAAUAAAUGUUUUGUACAAGUUUUUACGUCAAUUUUCAAAAUUACAAUGUAAAGGCGACGCCUUUUUAAAUUAAACGAAACUCAUAAAAAAUCAGCAGUGAAAUGUGAUAAGUGUAUUUGAUUAGUUUUAGUGUUUAUUUCAGUUUUGGGUUCAGUUUUACUGGAAUAUGGAUAAUAACAAACAAAUGAUAACUGCAGUCGUUGAAUACAAUUACAACGCCGUCGAACCGGAUGAGUUGAAUUUGAGAAAAGGCGACAUUUUGCACUCGAUAAAGUGUUCCCCAGGCGGAUGGUGGGAAGGAACCCUUGCAGGAAGGACUGGCAUGUUCCCAGAUAAUUUCGUCAGAGUCAUUUCGAUGGGAGACCCUUUGAACGACCAAACUGUUACUAUGAGAGAUAAACCUGGCAGGACCAAAUGCAGGGCUGUAUUCAGUUACACACCCAACAAUGAGGACGAAUUAGCUCUAGGUGUAGGUGAUAUCAUAGAAGUCCUUGGAGAAGUUGAAGAGGGCUGGUGGCGAGGAAAAAAGGAUAAUUGUGUUGGUGUAUUUCCUUCAAAUUUCGUGGCACCAAUAACAGGAAAUUCAAGCCCAGUUUCUGGUGGUAGACAAAGGACGAAAUCCCUUGAUUCUAAAGGGUCUGCACAUAGUGCCAGUAGCAGUAAGGAAGAUCUUACAGCUGAUGCUCCUUCUUUACCACCAAAACCAGUGAGAGAGCAGUGUCGAGUUCUCUUCCCAUAUGAUGCACAAAACGAGGAUGAAUUGAAUUUAAGGGAAGGCGACAUCGUCACAAUUAUCACGAAAGAGGUUCUGGACAAGGGCUGGUGGCGAGGUGAACUCAGAGGCAGGACUGGAGUGUUUCCUGAUAAUUUUGUUCAAAUAAUUCCACAAGACGCUUUAUCGCCUGCCAGAGAACCAGGGAUCACAAAACCGGCAAGGAUAACCUCCAAAUCUACGAAUAGCACAAAAACGACCACUGUCACAAGUUCUUCCUCAACUUCAUUAACGCCAUCGACAACCACGACCAGUAGCACAACGUCCUUAACCACCUCACCAGCAAUCAGCAACCACAGAAAAGACAGCUUCAGUUCCAAACAGACCUCGGCCACAAAUGUCAGUUCCAGCAACUCUGCAUCCACCACCACCGGUACAGUAGCCUUGACGAGAAAAUCGCUGGAGAUGAAAAUCGAGGCGGAAUCCGAAAAAACAAAAUCGACAACCGGUGCACCGCCUUUACCAGGGAAAAAACCUAGUGUGCCCACCAAGAAGAGCCCCAUAGCCUCUUUGGCCGGUGGCAUUUUUGCUGGUUUAAAGCAGAGGGUGAAAGAGGUCGAGCAGAGGUUGACGAACGAUCAUCCGGACGGUUGUGCUAGUAGUAAGAUAGCGAUUUCUCCGAAUAAUACUAAUAACGCUAGUGAAUUGCCAGGGGAAAAAGGCGUUAAAGGAGUUAGUUUGAAGACGGACGAGUCUAGUGAAUUUGAUCAGGUUGAGAGAUCUGCCCUUCUGCAAGAUCCGAGGGCUUUGAGACCUAAGGCUCCUGGUAGGAGACCGCCGAGUCAGGUUGCUCCUAAGGAAGAAACUUCACCAGGUAUAAUGAACGGAAACGCCUCAGACCACCAAAAUUUAUCCGAUCUUCAAUCAGAUGCCAUAGUUGAAGACGAAUGUGUAAAACCAAAAACCCGCGAAUGGGAAAAGCACAAAGCUCCCUGGAUGGAAGAGCUGAAGCUCAACCAGGCCAAAAAGGGCGGCGACAAAGUGAUAGACAAAUCUGCAUCGAUAGACAUCGAUAAAAAAGACGAGGGCAAAAAAGAGAACUUGAAUCCUUUGGAGAUGUCUAAAAGCAUGACGUCGAUAUCUAGCAGGAUUAAAAUAGAGGCGUCAACCGGUGAUUUGGUGGCUACGAGAAAGGAGUCUUCAGAUUUGACCAAGUCUAUGACAUCUAUAGCCAAGGAUGACACAAGUCCUUCCAAGACUACGAGUGGGCUUUUGAGGAAUCGGAGUAUCUCACCAAUAUCUAGACCUUUAGGAUCGACUCCUCUGCGACCAGUUGCGAUAUCAGCCAACGAUGUUUCAACCUCCAAACUGGAAAAAACAGACGCCAAAGUUGUCAUUAGGAUGAACAACAAAUCCUUCGACAAGGCAAGUGGUGACGAGAGCGGCAGCACGGAAACCAAGUUGCUCCAGGAAUUAAUUGACAAAAUCGCCAGACUCGAGGCGUCUUUUGAGAAGGAAACUAAACGUUUCGAAACCGCCAUCGAAAAAUUAUCCAAUCAACUUGAAAUUGAAACCAGGGAACGGAUAGCUGUUCAAGCUGAGCUUGAAAAAUUAUCUAAUUGCGUUACCCAAGUAUGAGGUGAGGGAUUUUUGAAAAAUUGUAAAUAAAGUGAGUUGUGAUUAUUUUUGCUCCACCUGGUGCUUCAUUCUGACAUUUUACCAUACUGACUGAUACCAUACACACAAAUAAAUUGACAUGAUGAUAUAUAAAAAUAGUAAAAACUUGAACUUGUUUGUGUUUUUUUGAUAUGCUUAACAGUUUAUAUUAUAUAGGUAAUAAUUUUAAUAGUUAAUUCGUUAAAGUUUUCAAUUUUUACUAAUAGAGUUUUUUACGUUUUGCGUCGACCGCAAAAUGUGUUAAAGCUGAUCAAGAUGAUGAUUAAGAUGAUGAUGAUGAAAUUUUAUAUCGAAGACAAGAUUUAAUAGCUUGUUGUUUGUAUUAUAAAUAUAUGUUAUUGAUUAUAUUUGGAAGUUUUUAGACAAGACUAAA